AUGUUCCGUCUGACGGCACUGGUUCUUACGCUCCUGUCCACGACGCUCGCGAUCCCCACCUGGGAGGGCUAUGCUUCGCGAGAUUCGGUCACCUCUCUCGUCCCUGGCGCCGGGUUCGUGCAGGCUAUUGGCCCAAAGUAUCGAGGGGAAGACGUUAAUCAGAAAGCACCUCCUAAAUACCUUACCGUCUCUGGGGACAAGGGCCUGGGCGGCGGUGCGAUAGCAUACUAUGACCCCGCUCCACCCAUGUUCUUCAUCAACCCCAGGGAUAACCAGCUCUACCAGGUCGUCAACGAGACCACCAUCCUCAACGUCAACGUCGUGAACGUGACCGCGACUGCGACCUCGCCUGCGCCGACGGCUUCGCCAAAGGUGUCUUUCAACGACCAGACCGGUUCCAGCAACGCUCACGACGACCCCUACGCCAAUUCUCCCCGGCCAAAGGCGCUCCCUCCUCUGAAACUCGAGCUGUCCAAGAAACGCAGAGGAAUACCCGGAUUCUGGAGAUGGCAAGGGACGAUGCUCAUUUUCGAAACCGGAAGUACGCUAGGACGCGGCAAGACGAACCAGGGUGCUUUUUACUCGUGUCCCGACAACAAGGGCGUCGAGGGUAUAUACCUAUUCCUAGAGCCGGCAGCCACGCCGGCUCAAUGCAAUUUCCUGACGUUGCACAGUUGGAUUCGCAACCAAGAGGAGUACAAGCGGUAG